AGGUUUGAACUACUGGGUUUCCUUUUCGUUUACCUAGCUUCACUUCGCGCGAACUCCUUUCUUUUCCUACUCUUCUCCCACUUGAUAUGUCUCUUUGCUUGGUAUAGAAUCUCUCCAAUACACUAAUCACCCUCCUCCUUCGAUCCCUUCCGACCCUCCGCCAUCCUUCCCGAGAUGGCCUCCAGAGGUGCCGUUUUGCCUCUCUUGAGGCGAGAACUGCGACCCGCUUCGUCGUGGGCCUCCAGAACCUCCGCCGCAAAUGCCACCCGAAUUGCCAACAGUCCCCUUUCACGACAAGCCGCUCGUCCCUCAUCACUAUUCCCCCGGAGCCGGACUCCCGGCCAGGUGCGGGCGUUCUCGCAGUCGCUGUCGAAGCGACUCACGGAUGAGAAUGGACAUUUCGACCCCCGUCAGGUGGACAGGGAGACGGACGAGGUUGACGUCUGUGUCGUUGGUGGAGGUCCCGCCGGACUCGCUGCCGCUAUCCGACUAAAGCAAUUGGCCAAUGACGCGGGGAACGAGGAGUUCCGGGUCAUCCUGCUGGAGAAGGCUGGUGAAUUGGGCGCGCACAUCGUUUCGGGCAAUGUCAUGCAGCCGACGGCGAUUAACGAGCUGCUGCCUGACUGGCUGUCGGAGGACAACCCGUCGCGGUUUGAGGGCGCCACGCCCGCGGGGGAGGAUAAGAUGCGCUUUUUGACGGAGAACUCGGCGUACCCCAUCCCCGCACCCCCGCAGAUGCACAAUCACGGCAACUACAUCAUCAGCUUGAACGAAUUGACCAAGUGGUUGGGUGAGCGGGCCGAGGAAGUGGGUGUGGAGAUUUACCCCGGAUUCGCCGCGAGUGAGUUGGUGUACAACGCCGAGGGCUCCGUGCUCGGUGUGGCCACCAAUGACCUCGGCGUCGGCCGGGACGGCAAGGCCAAGGACAGCUUUGAGCGGGGUAUGGAGUUCCACGCGCGGGUCACCCUUCUGGGCGAGGGCUGCCACGGCAGCUUGACCAAGCAGGUGAUCAAGAAGUACGAUCUGCGGCGCAACAGCCAGCCGCAGACCUACGGCCUGGGCCUGAAGGAGGUCUGGGAGGUGCAGCCGGAGAAGUUCAAGUCGGGUGAGAUUGUCCACGCUAUGGGCUACCCUCUGCCCAAGGACACCUACGGCGGCGCGUGGAUGUACCACUUCGGCGACAACUUGGUCAGUGUCGGUCUGGUGGUGGGUCUGGAUUACCCGAACCCGUGGCUGUCUCCGUAUGGCGAGUUCCAGAAGCUCAAGCACCACCCGCUGUUCAAGGACGUCCUGGAAGGGGGCAAGUGCAUCUCGUACGGUGCGCGUGCGCUGAACGAGGGUGGCUUCCAGUCGAUCCCGAAGUGCGCCUUCCCCGGUGGAGCGUUGAUCGGCGACAGUGCUGGAUUCUUGAACGUCCCGAAGAUCAAGGGUACCCACACGGCGAUGAAGUCGGGUAUGCUGGCCGCCGAAUCGACGUUCUCGGCCCUCCAGGAUGACAGCGGCGGCACCGUCUUCCUGUUCGACUACGAGGACGCUCUCCGGAAGUCGUCGAUCUGGAAGGAGCUGUACGAGGUGCGGAACAUGCGGCCGUCGUUCAGCACCCCGCUGGGCCUCUACGGCGGGAUCAUGUACUCGGGCCUGGAGGCGUACCUGUUCAAGGGCAAGACGCCGUGGACGCUGCGGCACCACGGCACGGACGCGGCGGCGACCAAGCCGGCGUCGGCGUACGAGAAGAUCGAGUACCCCAAGCCGGACGGCAAGAUCAGCUUCGACAUCCUGACGAGCGUGAGCCGCACGGGGACGAACCACGAGGAGGACCAGCCGGUGCAUCUCCAGGUGAAGGACUGGGACAAGCACACGGAGGCGGCGUGGCCGCUGUACCAGGGGGUGGAGAACCGGUUCUGCCCGGCGGGAGUGUACGAGUACGUGGAGGACCCGAGCAAGGAGCACGGGGUUCGCUUCCAGAUCAACGCGCAGAAGUACGUUUUUUCUCUCCCUUUCCUCUUGAUAUCCCAUCCGGGUGAACACCGCUAACACGACAUAGCUGCAUCCACUGCAAGACCUGCGACAUCAAGGUGCCGACGCAAGACAUCAACUGGCAGACGCCUCAGGGAGGCGAGGGUCCUAAGUAUUUCAUGACCUAAGCCCCGUCUCUUUCUGUCCCAUUUCGUUUUUUUACCCUUUGAUUGUUUCUUUUUAUACCGUAUUGGAGUUGCUUGCUAGACUGCGUGGCGGAGUUGGUUCCGUUGCGGUUGUCCAUAACCACAUUGGUCCUAUGUUGAAUAUCUAUGUGUACGAAAAGCCCUCGCGUUUCUUGACUUGACUGGAGUGAAUUUGGCACGGAGUCUGUCUGUAUAUAGAAGUUCAUUUUCAUUACCUUAUUCUCC